AUGGGGCUCACCUUUCGAGGUGCUCCCCCCUUUCCUCAAGCCCCUAAAGUCGUUGCAACCUGGACCCAACAUCGGAUCUGCCCCCCAGCACCAAGCCCCAGGAUGCAGAAUUUUAUAAUUGCUCUGUUGUUAACAGUCUUUGCAGUGUUUUUCUAUAUUGUUAAAGAUAUACCUCUACACUGCAGCACCCGUAUGAAAUACAGUGUCUGGGGGUACCCACAAAUAUCUUCACCCCAAAACUCAGAGCAGAAAGAUGGCAUUCCCCCUGGGUUGUCACACCAAAGCUCAAAUGGAAUGCUUAUAUACGUACAGAAUACAACACAGAUGAUGGGUGGAAGUUUAAGGUCUUCAGGCAUGGUGAUGGGUCUGCGUGGCCAGUUGCCCAUGGGCACCCAAACCCUGAGUGGCCCAACUCCUGGAAUGGCCUCUAACUCGCGCUAUCCAAAUCCUGGCCCCAUUCAGCGGCCACCAGCAGCCCAGGGCUCUGGCAGCAGUGGCAGUCAUCGUGGUGGCCGUGGCCAGUCACAGGGCCAGCAGCAGCAGUCUCAGCAGAGGAGCUCCAACCCCCCCAGCUCAGCCCAACAGGCCAAGUUGAGGGCAGAUGCUUUGAGCACCACUCAGGCAUUCUUCAAUCGGGAAGCUGGAAAAUCAGAGAAGAAAGGAGAAGACAAGCAAGCAGAGUCAAUUUCAUCCACCAAGGAGGAGCUUUCAGUUGACAAGGUGCCCAGCUACACCCUCCACAGCAGCUGAGGGCCAGCCAAAAUGAAGCCUCAUGUGAUUGCGGAGGCUUCUGUGAAAAACGAAGCGAGGCAUUUAGCUGUCCUAAAGUG